AUGAACUCCUCCUUUCAACCACCCAGUCCGAUUCCACCGCGGACUAGCUCCGCCGGCGCUGCAAAUGGAGCUACGAGUUCGCCCUCCCACCGGCACAGAAAAUCCGUCGUGGACGGCGAACCGCCUGCGACCGAGUUGCCACCUAAAUCGAAGCACCGCCGCAACAAGUCCAGUGUCGACGGGACAAAGUACAAGGAUGGGACGUGGUCGCCGAAGAAUGAGAAGAUCUUGAUGGGGCCGUAUGAAUAUAUGCACCAGCAUCCUGGCAAGGAUGUGCGUCGCCAGUUGAUUCAGGCGUUUAAUUCAUGGCUUCAAGUCCCGCCGGAGAGUUUGGCGAUUAUCGACAGGGUGGUGACGAUGUUACACACGGCGUCGCUGCUAAUCGACGACGUCGAAGACUCCUCCGUCCUACGCCGCGGCAUCCCCGUCGCCCACAACAUCUUCGGCACAGCCCAGACAAUCAACUCCGCCAACUACGUCUACUUCCUCGCCCUCCAAGAAAUCCAACAACUCCACAACCCCGCCGCAAUCGACAUCUACGUCAAAGAACUCCUCAACCUCCACCGCGGCCAAGGCAUGGACCUCUUCUGGCGCGACACUCUGACCUGCCCCACGGAGGACGAAUACCUCGAAAUGGUCGGCAACAAAACGGGCGGACUCUUCCGCCUAGCCGUGAAACUGAUGCAAGCCGAAAGCGCGACGGGCAAGGACUGCGUCGCCCUGGUCAACGUCAUGGGUCUCAUUUUCCAAAUCUGCGACGACUAUUUGAAUCUUUCGAAUACGACGUAUACAAGGAAUAAGGGGCUAUGCGAGGACCUAACCGAGGGCAAGUUCUCGUAUCCCAUUAUUCAUAGCAUUCGCUCGAAUCCGAGUAAUCAUCAGUUGUUGAGUAUUUUGAAGCAGAAGACCCAGGAUGAGGAGGUGAAGCGGUAUGCCGUGCAGUAUAUGGAGAGUACGGGGAGCUUUGCGCAUACUUGUCAGGUUGUCCGGGAGUUGAGAGAUCGGGCGUUGUCGUUGAUUGAAGUGAUCGAUGCCACGCCGCAGAUUAAUGGUGCGGGCGAUGGGGAGUUGGUCCGGGUGGUUCUGAAUAAGAUUGUGGACUCUACGUUAUCAUCGGAGGAGGCUGCGAAGGAGUAG